GCAAGACAUCUUUCACAUGUGAUGGCGGUCCAACUUCUCACGCGCAACCAGACGCAUGCACCCUCUUGACAUCUCUCGCCCGAGUCUCUCACUGCGCAGCACAUCACGCGAAUUCAGUGUCGCCGCCGGCUGGGGAUGCGCCUGCUCACCGGCACUGUCUUCUCCGGCACCCCAUCCCAGCAGCGCAACUAGUCGCCGUUGCGAAUGCUCGUUCCUCACGUCAUAUCGCGCGCAACUCUCCCAACGCCUCUCAACAAGGCCAGUCUCGACGCCUCCGCACGCACAAGCACUGUAGAGAUUUGUCGGCGGCCUAGACCAACGUCUCAUCUAGCCCGACCGAGCCGGUAGAGGGCAGACUUUCGCCUGUCUCUCGGCCUCACUCCACACCAUCGCACCACCAAGCUGGAGACGUUGUCGCAUCAGUCGUUCGCGGGGCUCGCGGGUGCUACGGCCAGGCGCCUCCCACGACCCGCCAUGAACGACAAGGACCCGCCGCCGUUUGGCUACACCUUCACCAACGACUUCUUCGACAACCCACCCGCCACAUACGACCACAAUGGCCAGUCCAUCCUCAGCGACAUGGAGAACCAGCAGCUCGACAACUUCUUCUCCUCGACAAAUCCCUUUGACCUCGUCGACUCGACCGCCCUACCACCCGCCCUCGACACCAAGGCGAGCGCCCACGACUACAACAACUGGGAAGACUUCAUAGCCCCGCCCACGGUCCACCGCGUUACCAGCACCAUACCAGAUCAAGCCCGUCUCCAGAACAACUUCCACCAGGACCAGCAAUACCCUUCGUCGCUCCACACAAACUUCCUGGGCAAUACCGAGGAUGAGCUCCAGGCAGCCACGGCACUCUUCAACCAGGCCCAGCCUUCAUACACAAAUGGCCGUUCGCACAGCUUCCACGAGCUAUCUACCGCCUCUAACGGCUUCGAUGCGACUAGGGCCCCCGAUCUGAAUCUUAACACGCUACCCAUGACAAUGCCGCAACACGGCCUUGUACACGAACGCUUGGGGUCAUUGGUUCCCAACCACAAUGCCCAAGCCAGCGACGCACAGUAUGCCUCACAAUGGGCAGCAAGCCAGGCACCACAACAACACCACUCCGAGUUCGGCCCACCACUGCAGAAGCUCGAUCUGAAGAGGUCGUAUACUUUUGGCACGGACAACUCUUUCAACAGCACAUCCGGUUACACGAUACCCAACGGUCACCCGGACGCAGAGAGCGCGGCUAGGGCCUCAAUACAAGAUAUUGAAGAAACUUCACACCACAUCCUACGAGCGGUAGCCGGCAUCCAAGGGCCAAGUAGUCCUACGGCCUACACCCGCGGGCCACGAGACGAUGACGAACAAUCCGACGACGCCGAAACAGAUGACGAAGACGAAGACCGGCCGGCGAAGAAGCGGAAAAAGAGUCAAGUGCGGUACAGCAAAGACACGCCGAGGAAGGUCGCGCGCAAUGGCAAAGCGCGGAAAGCAUCCACGCUAGAAGAUUGUACCAAGAAGAAGCGAGCAUCUACCGCGGCCCAGAAGACACAACGCGAGAACCUCACCGAGGAACAGAAGCGCAGCAAUCAUAUCUUGUCGGAGCAGAAGCGUCGGGAUUUGAUUAAGCAGGGAUACAAGGACUUGAAUGAGGUUGUUCCCGCUGUGCGCGGUGGCGGGCUGAGCAAGAGUCAGGUUCUUGUUGAGGCUGCAGCUUUCUUGGAGAAGCUGAUUGAGGAUAACGACAAGUAUCGGGUUUCGAUGGGAUGAUUUGGCGUAAUGGCGGACAACUCGGCAUUGCCGCUGCAGUGGACGCGACAGUUACCUGCUACCGCCAUAUCCUUUGCCGCGAGCCGACUGACGACGCAACGGGAGUUGGGCGACAGCACGCCGAACGAAGUCUUCCUAGAGGAACGGCCCCAUCGCAGAAAGAAUCACAUUACGCAUGCGUUCUACGAAUCAGGAUGGAGAGAUACUAUGAUUGUACAUGCUACAGAUACCACAAAAAGGAGUUUAGGGAGGGAGGCAUCGAUACCCCACACACUAGUAUAAAUAAUCUUCUUGUUCAUAUUUUAGCUAGGAAUAUAUUGUCGAGAUUGAA